AUGGAAUUCAUCUUAUACGGCUUUGACAAGUGUUUAGGUUCGGCACAUUCAGGCGAAUCAAAUUUUCCUGCCGGAGGCGGCGAUCCCAGAGGUAAGAAGAGGCUAUCGUCAGUGGGGCCAAGUCAGGAGAUCGAAGUACAAGGAACAGCCCAUCAAUCGGCUUCACAAGACACAGCCUAUCUGCCAGCCUCAAAGAAACCAAACUUGAAUUUAUCAUUGGGUCCUCCUGGGUAUGAAAACGUUCAAGAGACCGCGGAGUUCUCAUCAGGUUUAGCAAGUGAACACGAUGCGGUCUACUACCGGCGUUGA